AUAAGUAUAUACAUACUCGCUUUUGGAGAAACUCUUUUACAUAUUUUAGGAAUAGUAGUGUGAUGUGAAAAGCAAAUUAAUGUUUGUUAUUUAAUAUUUAGUUGAUACUUUUUCAGCGUGGUGAGGAGGAUUUUCCACGCUUUUAUAUAUUACAUAUUUUUAAGUUAAAUUUUAAAUUGUUAGGUGUUAGUUUAGAGUUAACAAAUUUUAAUGGAUAGCCGAUCCCCUGAUGAUCCCCCGUCGUAUGAUGAAGCAGUUGGUUUCAGACAAGAGUCGUUAGAAUUGACUCAAGGAACAUCAUCCUCAUUAAAUAGUAGAUCACCAGGAGAUCAUCAGGUAUCAUCAAUUAAAUCAACACUUUAUAAGAAAAAUGCACCAUCACGUAGUAUUCAAAGUCAGCAUUCUUCACGGCCGCCGGUUCAGCGUGCUAUUCCUAGACAACAGAAUGAAAGAGGUUCACGAUCGCCACGACGAAUUCCUUCAAAUAGUCUCCCAGAUAAUGUUACUUUACGUUUUCACUCUUAUAUGUCAACUUCCGUUUGUCCUGCAUGUGAAAAAAAUAUAAAAUAUGGAUAUGUUACUGAAACGAAUUGGAGUACUCAUUUACUUGCUGCCGUUUUAUGUAUAAUGGGGUGCUGCAUAUGUAGUUGUAUACCAUAUUUUGUGGAUUCUUGUAAAACACGACAUUACUAUUGUCCAAAUUGCAGAGUUUAUCUUGGAACUUAUAAUGGUUUACUAGGUGCAACACGUCAUUACAAUCGAUAGUGUUAUAAAAAAACUUACAUAUUAGAACUGGAAAUUAUAGUUAAUCAGUUAUAAACGAUGAACUUUAUUUUAUAAAAUUAUAGUAAAUAUUAUUUUUGGCAAUUUAAUUGCAAUAAUUAUUGCAAUGUUGCCCUAAUUAUGCUUACCUUAAUAAUUU